AUGUCAUCAAAACCCGAAUUUUUAAAACUUAUUUCUUCUGAUGGCUUCAUAUUUCUUAUUAAAAGAUCUCAAGCAUGCAUUUCUGGAACAAUACGAGAAAUGCUCAAUGAAUCCAAUAACUUUUUAGAAAGUAAGAAUAAUGAAAUAAAUUUCAAGACGAUCAAUGCAAAAUUAUUAGACAUUGUUUGUCAAUAUUUAUAUUUUCAUGAAAAAUAUAAAAAUGCAGAAUGUGUACCAGAAUUUCCAAUUGAGCCAGAUACAGCAAUUGAGCUUCUUAUGAUAUCAGACUUUUUAGACGGUAAGAAGCUUAAAUAUGUAUUGAAAUGA